CCAAUCAGCUUUCUCCUUUGUACUUGGGUGACUUUUCAAUUUUAUUUUUUAAUUUCUUGUUUUAUAUUUCUUUCAUUCCCCCCUGCCUGUUGAUCAAAACCAACAGCUCUUUGUAUACAAGAAACACAAGGUUUAGUUUCGUUGCAAUGCCUACACCAGUCUCACCUCAGUGGCAGGAGAAGGCUAGUGACUUCUUUUCAACAUCAGGAGUGAAGCUUAAAGAAGCUGGGCAAUCUGCGGGAACAUUUGUAGGCGAGGUUGCAAAAGAUGCCAAAGGCAAUGUUGCAGACGUGGCUGAAAAAGUUGGCUCAAUAGUGAAAAGUCGCUGGUCAUUUCUUCAACAACCAUCUACAAGACAUGCUAUGCAAGAACGUCUUAUCUCUGCUGCUGCCACAACUGGAAUGUUGUUUAGAAAGGGUGUUACAGAAACAAAAGAGAAGGUCAAUGUUGGAAAGAUAAAGGUCGAAGAGGUGGCAAAGAUAACUAAACAGAAGAGCAAGGUUCUUUUGACUGAUUUUGAGCGUUGGCAGAAGGGAGUUGCAAGCACAGAUGUAUUUGGAGUUCCAAUUGAAAUCACUGUGCAAAGGCAAGAGUCAACCAGGCCUAUUCCUUACAUACUAGUGAAGUGUGCAGAUUAUCUUGUACUGUCAGGAUUAAACUCUCAAGAAUUGUUCAAGUCUGAAGGAAAUAGAAAGGUUAUACAGCAGUUGGUUUCAUUAUACAACCAAGAUCCCAACGCUUCGCUGCCAGAAGGUACAGACCCUCUUGAUGUUGCAACCUUGAUCAAGUGUUAUUUUGAAAGCCUGCCCGAGCCUUUAACUACCUUUGAACUACAUGAUGAAAUUAAAAGAUCACGUUCCAGCAUACCUGGGUUGCGAGAUGUAUUGAAAAGGCUUCCAACAGUUAACUAUAUGACACUAGAACUUGUUACUGCACUCCUGCUCCGUGUUAGCCAGAAUUCACUCCUUACCAAGAUGGAUGCUCGGAGUCUUGCCAUGGAAAUGGCUCCCAUUAUAUUGUGGCAGAAGGGUCAGAGGCCAGAGUUUCAUAGACAGUUCUGGAGUCAUCCUUCGAGAAAUCAACCCAAGAAUAAUGCGGAUCUUUCAAGGGACAAUGUUGAAAUUGAUAUGCUUGCAGAAGAGAAUGAAGGAGUUGAUGCAUCUACACCCAUAUCUUUGGAUGAUGGCCUUCCAGCUGAUUUUGGUGCGAUUGAUGUUGUUCAAAGCUUGAUAGAACAUCACAAUGAGAUUUUCACUGAUGCAAAUGAAACUGUCUGGAGGUGAAUUUGGCAUAUAAUUCUUCUACAUGGGUUCUUAGAAUCAGGUUUCAUAAACUUGUAGCUUCUUAUGAUCAAUCAAUCAUAUCCUUUGCUUAGGUUCAGGACUCCUAAACUUGUAGUUACAUAUGAAGGAAAAUUAUCCAGUCUUACCCUGCUCAAUGUGACAGUUGUAAAUUUGUCAAGUUAUUUUAGGAAAAAGUUCUAUAUAUGUACAUGACAGAGUCAUGGGGAUGUAUACUUGUGAUAAACAUUAGGGAUUGGUUUUGCUGUUAAAUUCAAGAAGCUCCCGAAAUUUUGAUGGACCAA